GUCUGCUGUUCAAUCUUGAAUAAAUGACGUCCAGAAAAUUAUGUCCACAUUUUUUAUUAUCAAAACUGGAUUUUGCUUUACCAGUUAUUCGCAUUUCCUUAAUUUGCAAGCCAUACUUUUAGACAAACAUAUCUGUGUCGAUACGUACACAUAACUAACUGGACUGUUUUGGUGCAACAAUGAUUUCAAAAUUUGCAAUAAUAGUGUCCUUUAUAAUAUUGAAAGUGAAUAGUGCAACAUUUGAGGAGGAUGUAACUUUAACCAUUAAACAGAAAAUGUCGUUAGAUGAGUUUAAGGAAAGGGUGAUUCCCAGUAUUACGAAGAACUAUAUGAAAACAGAGCUUUAUCUCGUGAAAUGGCUCAGAUCAAGUCGUUUCAACCUUGAUUUAGCUGAGGAAAGGUUUCGUCGGAAUUUGCAAUGGCGAAAGGACCAGAAAAUGGAUUCGAUUCACGACGAGGACUGGUCGGAUAUGUGGAAUGAUGAUAUUCGAUAUUACAUCGACGGAAGGGAUAAAUUAGGACGCCCGUACGCCUUAAUCGAGGUGAAACAUCUCGACAUACGUAAACUCAUCUUGAAAGGACUGGGUGACAGAUAUGUGCGUUACUUGGACAAAGGCGUUGAUGAGGCGUGCCAACUUGUGCACGAAUUUGGCGAACGGUACGGAAAUAUCUCGCGUGGAAGCCUUAUCAUGAAUUUGGACGGAUUCAAUAUCGUCCAACAUGUCUGUAUCCGAUGCAUGCCAUAUUUGAUAAGGGGACUUAUCUCGUUCGUGGACCACCACCCGGAAUGCUUGGAUAAAACAAUUUUAGUCAGUGCACCUGCGAUGAUCGAGCAAUACGUAAAACUCGCCGUGUCCCUCGUUCCUAAGGAAAUCAGUGACAACUAUCUCAUCUACGGAACCGACAAGAAUGUUUGGAAGACAGAGUUAUUGAAGUAUAUUGACCUCGACCAGUUGCCAAGAUCACUCGGGGAACGAAAAUAUUUAAAGGAAUGGAAGACUAGGAAAUAUCAAAAUGUGGUUAAUAAAAGAGCGCGAUUUUUUCGCGAAAACCUGCACAAAAUUAUAUCGGCAUCCACGGAACAAGACCCGUUUUAG